UUCUGACUCAGUUCCUCCAGCCUCUACAAAACAGGAUGAAUUAUUCAUCAUUGCUUAGAAUUUGGGUCUCUUUCAUCUUCGCACUUGUACAGCACCAAGUUCAGCCCAGGGAGCUCAUGUAUCCAUUUUGGCAGAAUGACACCAAAACACCUAAAGUGGACGAUGGGAGCUCAUCUGAGAUCAAGCUGGCCAUCCCGGUUCUCUUCUUUGGCGUUCCUUACCGCACUGUCUAUGUCAAUAACAACGGCGUUGUUUCCUUCAACGUGCUGGUGAGCCAGUUUACACCGGAAUCCUUUCCCCUGACGGAUGGGAGGGCCUUCAUCGCCCCAUUUUGGGCAGACGUGCACAACGGAAUUCGAGGCGAGAUCUAUUACAGAGAGACCAUGGACCCCGUCAUCUUGAAAAGAGCCACCAAGGACAUCAGGAAGUACUUCAAAGACAUGCCAACCUUCUCUGCCACUUGGGUUUUCAUUGUGACAUGGGAGGAAGUCACAUUUUAUGGCGGCAGCAGCACCACACCUGUGAACACCUUCCAGGCUGUCCUGGUGUCUGAUGGCUCCUAUACAUUCACGCUCUUCAAUUACUAUGAAAUCAACUGGACCACUGGGACGGCAAGUGGCGGUGACCCACUGACGGGUCUUGGGGGAGUGAUGGCUCAGGCUGGAUUUAAUGGCGGAAACCUCACCAAUUUCUUCAGCCUCCCAGGGUCAAGAUCCCCUGAGAUUGUGAAUAUCCAGGAGACCACAAAUGUCAAUGUUCCAGGCCGCUGGGCAUUUAAAGUUGAUGGGAAGGAAAUUGACCCUGCCAAUGGUUGCACAUCCAGGGGACAGUUCCUCCGGCGAGGCGAGGUGUUUUGGGAUGACCUCAACUGCACCAUCAAGUGUCGCUGUCUGGAUUUCAACAAUGAGAUCUACUGCCAGGAGGCCUCCUGCAGCCCCUAUGAGUUGUGUGAACCCAAAGGCAAAUUCUUCUACUGCAGCCCCGUGGAGACCAGCACAUGCGUGGUGUUCGGCGAGCCGCACUACCACACUUUUGACGGCUUCCUCUUCCACUUCCAAGGUUCCUGUGCCUACCUGUUGGCCCGACAGUGCUUGCAGGCUUCCAGCCUCCCCUUCUUCAGUGUGGAGGCCAAGAAUGAGCACAGAGGGGGCUCUGCCGUCUCCUGGGUAAAGGAGCUCGCCAUUGAGGUGAAUGGCUACAAGAUUCUCAUCCCCAAAGGAAGCUACGGAAGAGUCAAGGUGAAUGACCUGGUGACUUCUUUGCCCGUCACCUUAGACUUGGGGACAGUGAAAAUCUACCAGAGUGGCAUGUCUACAGCCGUGGAAACGGACUUUGGGCUCUUGGUGACGUUCGAUGGUCAGCACUACGCGUCCAUUUCCAUCCCGGGCUCUUACAUAAACUCCACUUGUGGGCUCUGUGGGAACUACAACAAGAACCCACUGGAUGACUUCCUCCGGCCCGACGGCAGGCCAGCCAUGUCCGUGCUGGACCUAGGGGAGAGCUGGCGCGUCUACCACGCCGACUGGAAGUGCGGCUCCGGCUGCGUGGACAACUGUACUCAGUGCGAUGCCACCACGGAAGCGCUGUACUUCGGCCCUGACUACUGCGGCUUCCUCAACAAGACGGAAGGCCCCCUGUGGGAGUGCGGCACCGUCGUGGACCCCACCGCCUUCGUGCACAGCUGCGUGUAUGACCUGUGCAGCGUGAGGGACAACGGGACGCUCCUCUGUCAAGCCAUCCAGGCCUACGCCCUGGUGUGCCAAGCCCUGGGUAUCCCAAUUGGAGACUGGCGGACCCAGACUGGGUGUGUGUCCACCGUGAGAUGCCCAAGCUUCAGCCACUACUCCGUGUGCACCAGCAGCUGCCCCGACACCUGCUCCGACCUCACAGCCUCUCAGAACUGUGCCACGCCUUGCACGGAGGGCUGCGAGUGCAACGAGGGCUUCGUCCUCAGCACCAGCCAGUGUGUCCCCCUGCACAAGUGCGGCUGCGACUUCGACGGCCACUACUACACCAUGGGGGAGUUCUUCUGGGCCACGGCCAACUGCACGGUGCAGUGCCUGUGCGAGGAGGGCGGAGACGUCUACUGCUUCAACAAGACCUGCCGCCACGGGGAGGUGUGCGCGGUGGAAGACGGCUACCAGGGCUGCUUCCCCGAGCGUGAGACCGUGUGCCUGCUGGGCCAGAACCAGGUGCUGCGCACCUUCGAUGGCGCAGCCUACGCCUUCCCCUCCGAGUUCUCCUACACCCUCCUGAAGACCUGCCCCGACCGCCCCGACUACCUGGAAAUUGACAUCAACAAGAAGAAGCCGGAUGCAGGGCCCGCCUGGCUCCGAGGGCUUCGGAUCCUGGUGGCCGACCAGGAGGUCAAGAUAGGCGGAAUCGGGGCUUCAGAAAUCAAGCUGAACAGCCAGGAAGUGGAAUUACCCUUUUUCCAUCCUUCGGGGAAGCUAGAGAUUUAUCGCAACAGAAACAGCACAACGGUGGAGUCCAAAGGCGUGGUGACCGUCCAGUACUCGGACGCAGGUCUGCUGUACAUCCGCCUGUCCACCGCGUACUUCAACUGCACCGGGGGCCUGUGUGGCUUCUUCAACGCCAAUGCCAGUGACGAGUUCUGCCUGCCCACCGGCAGGUGCACCGACAACCUGGCUGUGUUCCUCGAGAGCUGGACCACGUUCGAGGAAAUCUGCAACGGGGAAUGCGGGGACCUGCUGAAGGCCUGCAACAACGACUCGGAGCUGCUCAAGUUCUACCGGAGCCGCUCCCGGUGCGGCAUCAUCAACGACCCCUCCAACAGCUCCUUCCUAGAGUGCCAUGCGGUGGUCAACGUCACCGCCUACUACCGCACCUGCCUCUUCCGCCUGUGCCAGAGUGGAGGCAACGAGUCGGAGCUCUGCGACUCGGUGGCGCGGUACGCCGGCGCGUGCAAGAACGCCGAUGUGGAGGUGGGCCCCUGGAGGACGUACGACUUCUGCCCCCUGGAGUGCCCAGAGAACAGCCACUUUGAGGAGUGCAUGACGUGUACCGAGACAUGUGAGACCUUGGCCCUGGGCCCCAUCUGCGUGGACAGCUGCUCGGAAGGAUGCCAGUGCGAUGAGGGCUACGCCCUGCAGGGCAGCCAGUGUGUGGCCCGGAGCGAGUGCGGCUGCAGCUUUGAGGGGCACCAGCUUGCCACCAACGAGACCUUCUGGGUGGACCAGGACUGUCAGAUCUUCUGCUACUGCAACGGCACGGACAACAGUGUCCACUGCGAGACCCUCCCCUGCAGGGAUGACGAGUUCUGCAUGGAGGAGGGCGGCCUGUAUGGCUGCCGGGCCCGCACUGAUGCCUCCUGCAUCAUCUCCGGCUACGGCCACUACCUCACCUUUGACGGCUACCCCUUUGACUUCCAGUCCAGCUGCCCGCUCAUCCUGUGCACCACAGGAAACAGACCGAGCUCGGACACCUUCCCCAAGUUCAUCGUGACAGCCAAGAACGAGGACCGGGACCCGUCCCUGGCCUUGUGGGUCAAGCAGGUGGAUGUGACUGUGUUCGGCUACAGCAUCGUGAUCCUCCGUGCCUACAAACACACAGUGCUGGUCAAUGGUGAACGGCUUUAUCUGCCCCUGAAGCUGGGUCAAGGGAAGAUAAACAUCUUUUCCUUUGGCUUCCACGUGGUGGUGGAGACUGACUUUGGCCUGAAGGUCGUGUAUGAUUGGAAGACGUUCCUGUCCAUCACCAUCCCCCGGAGUAUGCAGAACGGCACCUACGGCCUGUGUGGCCGCUACAACGGAAACCCCGAUGACGACCUGGAGAUGCCCAUGGGUCUGCCCGCACUGAGCAUCCAUGAGUUUGGGCAGAGCUGGGUGAAGAGGGACACCUUCUGCCAGGUAGGCUGUGGCGACCGCUGCCCAUCCUGUGCCAAAGUCGAGGGUUUCUCCAAGGUGCAGCAGCUAUGCAGCCUGAUCCCCAGCCAGAGCGCUGGCUUUGCCAAGUGCCACAGCAAGGUCAACCCCACCUUCUUCUACAAGAACUGCCUGUUCGACUCGUGCAUCGAUGGGGGCGCUGUUCAGACGGCCUGUGGCUGGCUCCAGAACUAUGCCAGCACCUGCCAGACUCAGGGCAUCGCCGUGACCGGCUGGAGGAAUUACACCUCGUGCUCGGUCACCUGCCCGCCCAACAGCCACUACGAGAGCUGCGUGAGCGUCUGCCAGCCCCGCUGCGCCGCCAUCCGUCUGAAGAGCGACUGCAACCACUACUGCGUGGAGGGCUGUCAGUGCGAUGCCGGGUACGUCCUCAACGGCAAGAGCUGCAUCCUGCCCCACAGCUGCGGCUGCUACGCCGACGGCAAGUACUACGAGCCCAAGCAGCUGUUCUGGAACAGUGACUGCACGCGGCGCUGCCGCUGCUUCCGGCGCAACCUCAUCCAGUGCGACCCGCGCCAGUGCAAGUCCGGGGAGGAGUGUGCGCUGCGCCAUGGUGCCCGCGGCUGCUUCAGCACCAGGUCCUCCUUCUGCCUGGCGGCCGGCGGUGGUGUCUUCCGCACCUUCGACGGCGCCUUCCUCCGCUUCCCUGCCAACUGCGCCUUCGUGCUCUCCACCAUCUGCCAGAAGCUACCCGACGUCUCCUUCCAGCUCAUCAUCAACUUCGACAAGUGGUCCUCCCCGAACCUCACCGUCAUCUCCCCGGUCUACUUCUACAUCAACGAGGAGCAGAUCCUCAUCAGCGACCGCAAUACCGUCAAGGUGAACGGCACUCAGGUGAAUGUCCCGUUUGUCACGGGCUUGGCCACCAAAAUCUACAGCAGCGAGGGCUUUCUGGUGAUCGACACCAGCCCUGACAUCCGGAUCCACUACAACGGCUACAAUGUCAUUAAAAUCAGCAUCAGCGAGAGGCUGCAGAACAAAGUGUGCGGCCUGUGUGGCAACUUCAAUGGCGACCUGACCGACGACUACGUCACCUUGCGGGGCAAGCCGGUGGUGAGCAGCGUCGUGCUGGCCCAGAGCUGGAAGACCAACGGCAUGCAGAAAAGCUGUAACGAACUGCAGUUCUCGCAGUACGCGGCCACGUGUGACAACGUGCACAUCCAGGCCAUGCAGGGUGAGGGCUACUGCCUGAAGCUCACAGACAUGAAGGGCGUCUUCCAGCCCUGCUACGGGCUCCUCGAUCCCCUCCCCUUCUACGAGUCCUGCUACCUCGACGGCUGCUACAACCUCAAGAAGUUCCAGCUGUGCGGCUCUCUGGCUGCCUACGGGGAGGCCUGCCGCUCCUUCGGCAUCCUCAGCACCGAGUGGAUCGAGAAGGAGAAUUGCUCAGGAGUGGUUGAAGAUCCCUGUGUGGGGGCGGAUUGUCCCAACCGCACGUGUGAGCUGGAGAACGGCAGGGAGCUCUGCGGGUGCAUCGAGCCACCCCCCUACGGGAACAACUCCCACGACAUCAUCGACGCAGAGGUGACCUGCAAGGCAGCCCAGAUGGAAGUGUCCAUAUCCAAGUGCAAGCUCUUCCAGCUGGGCUUUGAGAGGGAGGGCGUGAGAGUCAAUGACAGACAGUGCUCCGGAAUCGAGGGGGAAGACUUCAUCUCCUUUCAGAUCAACAACACCAAAGGGAAUUGUGGAAACAUUGUGCAGUCCAAUGGCACUCAUAUCAUGUAUAAAAACACCAUCUGGAUCGAAAGCGCCAACAACACAGGCAACAUCAUCACCAGGGACCGCACCAUCAGCGUGGACUUCUCAUGUGCCUACGAGCUCGAUAUCAAGAUCUCCUUGGAUUCGGUCGUGAAGCCCAUGCUGAGUGUGAUUAAUCUGACGGUUCCAACCCAAGAAGGCAGCUUCACCACCAAGAUGGCGCUCUACAAGAACGCCUCCUACAAGCACCCUUACCGCCAGGGGGAGGUGGUGCUCACCACGCGGGACGUGCUGUAUGUGGGCGUCUUCGUGGUGGGCGCAGACUCCACCCACCUGAUCCUUACGCUCAACAAAUGCUAUGCCACCCCGUCGAGGGACAGCAAUGACAAGCUCCGAUACUUCAUCAUUGAAGGAGGGUGUCAGAACAUUAAAGAUAACACCAUUGGCAUCGAGGAGAACGGCGUCUCCCUCACCUGCCGCUUUCACGUCACCGUCUUUAAGUUCAUCGGGGAUUACGACGAGGUUCAUCUUCACUGUGCUGUGUCGCUCUGUGACUCAGAAAAAUACUCGUGUAAAAUUAACUGCCCACAAAAUUCCAGGAUUGCCAAGGAUUACGCAAAGGAGCCCAAGGAACAGAUCAUUUCAGUGGGGCCUAUUAGAAGGAAAAGGCUGGACUGGUGUGAGGACAACGGAGGGUGUGAGCAGAUUUGCACGAGCCGGGUGGACGGGCCUCUGUGCAGCUGCGUGACGGGCACUCUCCAGGAGGACGGCAGGAGCUGCCGAGCCUCCAAUUCUUCCAUCGAGCUUCAAGUCUGGACAAUUCUGCUCAUCGUGACGCAGAUUUCAUUAUGGCACUUUGUGUACACAUCAGGCCUGACCUCAUAAUCAACUCAAGGUGGCUCUAUAAAGUACUGUAACUUCCUCACUGCAACUCCUCACAGGGUAGAGCGUGUGUGUCCCUAAGUACAGCCCCUUCCUCCUGGUUACAGGCCCAGAGACCCGUGAUCCGCCCCCCCCCAUGCCUCUGUCAGUGUCUGCAGUGGGGUGGGAAAAGCAAGCGUGGAGAGUGUGAAUUCCCACCCCACCCCCCGACAGUGCUCACUAGAAACCUCUAGUCAUCACAACAAAAAUCCGGAAAGGAAGUCUAACCUGACGUCUGCCUGGACAUCACUGCGAUCUCUGGGUCACCGGGAGGGGGUGGUUCUUUUGUUAUUUUGUU